AGCAGAUGUGUGUGUGAAUUCUGUGGAUCCCAUACAUUCCAUAGCUGAGCUAAAUGAUCAGUGUGGGUUUAGAGUGGUCGUGCUUCAAUGUGCUGCGGCAGGCAGGUCUUUAGGCGCUGAGAAACACCUGUUAGUGGACUAAUAAUUACAUACUCCAUAAUAUCACAUGCACACUCAUACCUAGAAGAAAUAUAUAGGACAUCCCCAGUUAACAUUUCCAGUAUGUUGAUUGCUACUGGACAGCAGCUCUAAAAGUUUUUUUAAGGCCUUAGACGGUGUCAAUGGGUUGUAUUCAGUAGUGCACACUGUAGCACCAUAACAAGUUGGAUACAAAACACACCGGUGACAAAUGGGUUGUAUUCAGUAGUGCACACUGUAGCACCAUAACAAGUUGGAUACAAAACACACCGGUGACAAAUGGGUUGUAUUCAGUAGUGCACACUGUAGCACCAUAACAAGUUGGAUACAAAACACACUGGUGACAAAUGGGUUGUAUUCAGUAGUGCACACUGUAGCACCAUAACAAGUUGGAUACAAAACACACUGGUGACAAAUGGGUUGUAUUCAGUAGUGCACACUGUAGCACCAUAACAAGUUGGAUACAAAACACACCGGUGACAAAUGGGUUGUAUUCAGUAGUGCACACUGUAGCACCAUAACAAGUUGGAUACAAAACACACUGGUGACAAAUGGGUUGUAUUCAGUAGUGCACACUGUAGCACCAUAACAAGUUGGAUACAAAACACACCGGUGACAAAUGCAUAUAUUUAUAUCCAUCUUUGUGUGGCUGCGACCUAGUUGGAGUGUUUGGUGUGUCUGAAACCAUCACCUGUUAGGUUUGGGUGCUAUUGCAUCUUACAGGGACGUUGCUCGAGAGUACAGAUGCAGGACCUGUGUGUGUAAACCCUCAGUUACAGGGCAGAUGUGUCUGAACAGUAGAACUAAUGAGGAAACUAGCACCUGAAAUGACUGAUGGGCAGACCAGCUGUCAGUGUGUGCCAACAGAGCUGUCUAACAGCAGCUAGCAGGCAGGGUUUUGGGCCUUCCUCCUACAAAAUGGGUUCUGGGAAGUGCUUAUGUGGCGCCUUUACCCCUUCAUUAUUUCCCCUCUAUUUCCUUGUCUCCCUCUCAGUUGUUUUAGCUCUCUUUCUUUCUCUCUCUCUCUCUCUCUCUCUGUAAUUACAGAGUCUCUGAUUGGUCGGGUGGUUGAGCUGGCAGCAGCCAAUAGCAGCUCUGGUAGCAGUGCCCCUCGAUCUCCUGGAAAGGUUUGUGUGUGUUAAUUAUUAGGGGUCUGUUUAAAACCAGACCUAACCAUUUUAGGGGGCACAGUCUGUCAGUAGAGCCAGAGGGACAGGGUGCACCAGGAGCCUCACAUACACACUUAAACAUCCAGCCUCUGAACCGGCCAGUGGGCUUCGUCUGAUACAGCCUCUCCUCAAGAUCCAACAGAGACUCCACUACACACAACUACAGGUAAGACAACAUCAAGGUUUGGUUUAAGUCCAGUUUAAGGUCAGGUUUGAGUGCUCUGAAACACCUGUAGCCUGUGUAGGAGAAUCAACCAGCAGAGCAGCCUAAACCCCCUGAUGAGACUCAGACAGAAGACCCUCUGAGGAAGCAGUUUAGACGGGUGGAAGCAGACACACUGGUGGAUGUAGACUGGAAACAUUGUUAUCAUUUUUUCUUAUGGGAAGCAAGACAACUAAAUGUGAUUUAGCAGGACGAGGGUACUACCUGUCUUCUACAGCAUUCACUAGUCUUGGUUUGGAAUGGCAUGGGUAUAGGAAACACUUUAUUUGACAGUAAACUGUUUCCACUGGUAUUUACCUGAAAUUGUCCGUAGGAGAGGAGGAGGCCAUGGCUGGAAGGAGCAGAACGUCGUUCUCCGGUGUGUUGACUGCUGCUCUGCUGGCCACCAUACUGCUGCCUGAAUUCCUGUCGGCAGGGCCGGUGUUUCAGAAGCUCAAUGGACAUGGUAAAUGCACAACUACCUCACAAACAUACUUGACAUACACAACAAUGUUUUUGAUGCUUGAUGUCUCACCAGUAGGGGAUGCCACUGAAGAGACAGCGGUUACCAUGGCAUCGGCAAGGAGGCUUGUCCGUAACCGUAGAAACAUCAGCUGGUACAAGCAACACUCAGACUUCUGGAGCUGGUACAAAUACUUCACGGACAAUGGAAACACGGAGGCAGUCCAGGAGCUGGACAGGGUCUACCUGGCCUACCUCCAAAAUAAGAACCGUGCUGAGGGACGUCGCUCUUAUAAGGCCUACCUGGGCCACCUAGGGGACAUCUACAAGGCCUGCGCCGACUCAGAGGACCCAAACUGCGUGGCCUCGGCCACUAGCCGGCAAAAACCUGAAACCCCCAAGGCCCCUCCUAAGCCCGCCCCUGUCAAGGCCUGUGACCCCUACAGGGACCCAUAUUGUUUGUAUGCUGCCAAGAGCCAGCCCCCACCUUCCCCUGGCCCGGUCAAGGCCCCAGCCCCCAAUUAUGUGCGCGCCCCUGUGGCUGUUAAAGAACCUCAUUCUGGGUACUACUACUCCCCCGCUGUGCAGCCCUUCCUGUCCAAGGAGCAGAAGGCGGAGCUGCUGCGUAUCUGUUCAGCGGAGGACGUGGACUGUCUCCAGUACCACCUGAGAGCUGCUUUCGGCCACAAUCCCUCCGCUGGGCCCCUGCCCUCCUACGCCCACCUGGGCUGUGACCCGAAAGACCCCACCUGUAAACCCCAACUGGUCCAAAAAGCUCCCUCCGGCCUCUUCCUCCGUUACCCCAACUGUGACCCCAGAGACCCUCGCUGCGUCUACGCUGCAUCCCUACAGGCACCCCGUUCCCCUGCUCCUCACGCCCCGGCAGGUCCUGGUUCCUGCAACCCUCUGUUUGAGGACGGUUGUAACCCUCUCACUGCAACCAAGUACGCCACGGCACCAGAGGAGUUCAAGGAAGAACACAAAGAUGAACCCGCCGCAAUGCGUGCUGCGCCCCCAGCUCCCGAGCAACGCAGCGACCCAUUUGCUAUGUACAGGGAUGCUAAUGCUAAUGGUAACCGCCAAGGCAGUGCUCCAAGCUCUCAAGCUGGUGACCCAUAUACCAUGUUCGGCCAAGGCAGUGCUCUCAGCGCUCAAGCUAGUGACCCAUAUGCCAUGUACCGCCAAGGCAGUGCUCCCAGCGCUCAAGCUAAUGACCCAUAUGCCAUGUACCGCCAAGGCAGUGCUCCCAGUGCUCAAGCUAGUGACCCAUAUACCAUGUACCGCCAAGGCAGUGCUCCCAGAGCUCAAGCUAGUGACCCAUAUGCCAUGUACCGCCAAGGCAGUGCUCCCAGAGCUCAAGCUAGUGACCCAUAUGCCAUGUACCGCCAAGGCAGUGCUCCCAGAGCUCAAGCUGUUGACCCAUAUGCCAUGUAUCGCCGAGCUAUCGCUAGUGCUCAAGCUAACAACCAAUACACCAUGUACAGGCAGGCUAAUGCUAACGAUCAAUUAGAAAUGUACCGUGAAGCUGCAGCCUCCAUGCACAGACAUGUCCCCCCCUCCCCGCCACAGCAGGCCCCCACCCCCCCUCCCCGCUAUGAGGAGCCCACACAGGAGGAUCGCCACCCGCUGGGCCCCCGGGGAAGGACCAAGGAGGGCUAUGAAUGCUUCAUCGGCUACGACCAGGAGUGCUACCCAAUAGCCCGCGCAGAGCCGCGUUCUGGCGUCCACCGUAACACCGCCUACCCCGCCGAACCCUACGAGCCGCAUCUCAAUGCUGAUGGAUCACGGAACGGAGUUCUGGAGCCUUCUGACCCCGACUGUGACCCGGAGUACGACAUCAACUGCCGCCUGCGUCGCUAUGAACCCCGGGAGGAUCUGCUGCCAGACGCCAACGCCCAAGCUGUACACCAGGGGGAGCCACAGCACAGCCGGGACCAUAGCUACAACCAGGGGGAGCCAGAGAGAGAAAGCGAGGCAGAUUCAGAGCCAUACCAGAGUGGCCAGGAGGAGACCUACGGGGCUUACCCCCCUCCCUCGCAGGGGCUGUCAUACGGGUCCUACCCCUCAACCCAGCAGGGAAUGCCCAGCUUCAAGGACAUGCUGAGAGGAUACGGAGACCAGUACCCUGAACAGGAUAACCACAGAGCAUACGCUGCUGACUACCGCCAAAAAUAAAUACACACAUAUACACAUACAUGCAUGCAUACACACACACACACACAUGUGUGUAUGUGACAAAUAAAAUUUGAUUUAAUUUGAUUACAUACAUAGACACACACUGCAUAUGCCCUAAAGACUACAACAACAAAACUAACCAACACACCAGCCAAAAACUGGAGCAGAUGACAUGGAACACUAUAUUUAAUACAAAACAAUAAAAGACUGAAUGAAGUCUGACACAUGCACACACACACGUGUCACGUAUGGACGAACAGGCACACACACACACACACACACAUACAUAGUAAUGUGCUGUUAGCAGUAGAAGCAGGAGGAGUUUCUCUCCACUAGCUGUUUUAUCUGUCAGUUUGAUAGCUUUUAUUAAUUGAUUAAUUGACCCCCUAAUCUCACUGGAAUAUUUAAUACAUUCUUGCAGCUCUGCUUCACUUCUGAAGCUACAAACUUCACAUUCUUUUUGUGUUUGUUUUGUUUAUGAUGUAUUAUGUAAAGUUUUUUUACACGUUUGAAUGUUUUAAAUAAAAGCUUUGAAAAACA